AUGGACUUUCCCAUCGUCACGAUAUCGGACAUGGUAAAUGCACAGUUUAAGUUACUGGACCAUCUAGGAAUAGAGAAGGUCCAGGUAGUGGGCGGGUCUAUGGGGGGAAUGAUGGCAUUGCGUGCUGCUGCGGAAUACCCUGAACGUGUGACACCUCUGCGAUAUGCGCAGAGAAGGUAA